AUGGCUAUGUCCUGCAAGGAUGGUAAGGGAGGAUUAGAUAAUGGCAAGUAUGUGAGGUACACACCUGAGCAGGUUGAGGCCCUUGAAAGGCUCUAUCAUGAAUGCCCCAAACCCAGUUCGAUUCGUCGCCAACAGCUUAUUAGGGAGUGCCCAAUUCUCUCUAACAUCGAGCCCAAACAAAUUAAGGUUUGGUUCCAGAAUAGAAGAUGUAGAGAGAAGCAGCGGAAAGAGGCUUCGCGUCUCCAAGCUGUCAAUAGGAAGCUCACCGCUAUGAAUAAGCUUUUAAUGGAGGAAAAUGAUAGGUUGCAGAAGCAGGUGUCUCAUCUGGUGUAUGAAAAUGGUUAUUUCCGUCAGCAUACCCAGGGGACAACGCUUGCAACCAAAGACACGAGUUGUGAAUCAGUGGUGACGAGUGGUCAACACCAUUUGACACCUCAGCAUCCGCCAAGGGAUGCAAGUCCUGCAGGACUUUUGUCCAUUGCAGAAGAAACUUUAGCAGAGUUUCUUUCAAAGGCUACUGGAACUGCUGUUGAGUGGGUCCAAAUGCCUGGAAUGAAGCCUGGUCCGGAUUCCAUUGGAAUCGUUGCUAUUUCUCAUGGUUGCACUGGAGUGGCAGCACGAGCUUGCGGCCUGGUGGGUCUAGAGCCUACCAGGGUUGCAGAGAUCCUCAAAGAUCUCCCUUCGUGGCUGCGUGAUUGCCGCGCUGUAGAUGUUUUGAAUGUCCUGCCUACAGCAAACGGUGGAACCAUUGAGUUGCUCUACAUGCAGCUCUAUGCGCCGACAACUUUGGCGCCUGCGUGUGAUUUCUGGCUGUUGCGCUAUACUUCUGUUUUAGAGGAUGGCAGCCUUGUGAUUUGUGUGAGGUCUCUGAAAAACACUCAAAAUGGUCCAACCAUGCCUCCAGUGCAGCAUUUUGUUAGAGCAGAAAUGCUGCCUAGUGGCUACCUCAUACGACCCUGUGAAGGGGGUGGUUCAAUUAUACAUAUCGUUGACCAUAUGGAUUUGGAGCCUUGUAGCGUACCAGAAGUCUUGCGCCCAUUGUAUGAAUCAUCUGCUGUUCUUGCUCAAAAGAUGACAAUGGCGGCUUUACGCCAGCUGAGGCAGAUAGCACAUGAGGUUUCUCAAUCUAAUGUCACAGGGUGGGGCAGACGUCCUGCAGCUCUACGAGCACUAAGCCAGAGGCUUAGUAGGGGUUUUAAUGAGGCACUUAAUGGAUUUACUGAUGAGGGGUGGUCAAUGAUGGGAAAUGAUGGCAUGGAUGAUGUUACUAUCCUCAUAAACUCAUCUCCUGACAAGUUAAUGGGUUUAAAUCUUUCCUUUGCUAAUGGAUUUCCAGCUGUCAGUAAUUCUGUAUUAUGUGCUAAAGCAUCAAUGCUGCUACAGAAUGUGCCUCCUGCUAUCCUUCUUAGGUUUCUGCGCGAGCAUAGAUCAGAAUGGGCAGACAACAAUAUUGAUGCUUACUCAGCUGCAGCUGUUAAAGUUGGCCCUUGUAGCUUAGCUGGGUCACGAGUUGGAAGUUUCGGAGGUCAAGUUAUACUCCCCCUGGCUCACACUAUUGAACAUGAAGAGUUCUUGGAAGUCAUUAAACUGGAAGGUGUUGGCCAUUCUCCUGAAGAUGCAAUGAUGCCAAGAGAAAUGUUUCUCUUGCAACUAUGCAGUGGAAUGGACGAAAAUGCUGUGGGUUCCUGUGCUGAACUCAUAUUUGCUCCGAUUGAUGCUUCCUUUGCUGAUGAUGCACCUCUUCUGCCUUCUGGUUUUCGCAUCAUUCCUCUCGAUUAUGGGAAGGAAGCCUCCAGUCCAAACCGCACCUUGGACCUUGCUUCUGCUCUUGAAAUUGGACCAACUGGAAAUAAAGCAUCGAGUGAAUUUUCUGCAAAUACUGGUUGUGUGAGAUCUGUGAUGACUAUAGCAUUUGAAUUUGCAUGCGAGAGCCACAUGCAAGAACAUGUAGCAUCCAUGGCCCGGCAAUAUGUUCGCAGCAUCAUAUCUUCAGUUCAGAGGGUGGCAUUAGCACUAUCUCCUUCACAUUUAAGUUCACAUGCUGGUCUUCGGUCACCACUUGGUACUCCUGAAGCCCAAACACUUGCUCGUUGGAUCUGCAACAGUUACAGGUGCUAUUUGGGUGUGGAGCUGCUCAAAUCCUCCAAUGAAGGAGGUGAAUCUAUCCUCAAAUCCUUGUGGCAUCACUCAGAUGCAAUUAUGUGCUGCUCUCUGAAGGCAUUGCCAGUUUUUACCUUUGCAAACCAGGCAGGGCUCGACAUGCUAGAGACCACCUUGGUUGCACUGCAAGACAUAACUCUGGAAAAGAUAUUUGAUGACCAUGGACGGAAGACUCUCUGCUCAGAAUUCCCGCAAAUAAUGCAACAGGGUUUUGCUUGCCUUCAAGGUGGCAUAUGCCUUUCCAGCAUGGGGCGACCGGUGUCGUAUGAGAGAGCAGUGGCUUGGAAAGUGUUGAAUGAAGAGGAGACAGCUCACUGCAUGUGUUUUCUAUUUGUAAACUGGUCUUUCGUCUGA